AUGGCACGAAGAUAUCAGGAACGGAUGUUGUCGAAGCGUUGUCUUUAUUUCAUUAAUGGGCAGGUUUUCUUUCAGUGCCGCAGGGAGACCUGGCGAGAAGAUAUGUUUCUAGAAGGCAUCCAAGUGAUCCAGAGCGUGGACACCCUCGCGGCAAAACAUGCUAUUGAUGCUAAUUCCAUCGACGCAAAUCCUCACUCUGACUACGCUGGUUCUCUAUACGAAUACAGCGGUCGGAUCCUCACCUGGCACUCCGACGUCCUAGCUGCAUUCAGCGGCAUGCUCAACAUGUAUUUGCUCCGCAUGAGGACCGACAGAAAUGAUGGCAUUGACCACUUCUUUGGUCUACCGGUCGCAGUCUUCGAUUGGGCCCUUCAAUGGAAUCCGAAUCGUGCAGUGAGGAGAAGACCUGGCAAAUGGCCUUCCUGGUCGUGGUGCGGAUGGAUAGGACGAGUAACCAUGCCUUACUUUUCGAAUUACAAGCAGCUUCUAGACUGGUGUGCCGAGCAUACUUGGAUUGAAUGGAUCGGCUAUGAAGGAUUGAAGCCAGCGACGAGGCUCCUAUCUCACAGCGCAUACAAUAGAAACACCUAUCGUUUCCCACACCACGAGUUCCCCCCGGUUGCGGAGGCAAACAUCGAAACCAGACUCGCAGCUUCCACAGAAAUACCUCCUGGCUCCGAGGCCCUGGGCAUUGAUCAUCCAGUACUCCACUUCUGUACACUGGCCAUUUGCCUCCGAGUCCGACCCAUCGAAAAGUUCAGUGACAUGCCUAGACCUCAGAGCGGAGCUUUUGAGAUACUUGAUGCCUCGGCCGCUCCCUGUGGUCACAUUCUGAUCAAUUCGACAUUAUCUUACAAUUCCGACUCAAUGGGCGAAUUUCUCCUCCUUUCUGACGCGAGAUCGAAAGAUGUCAGAUGGAAGGAAGACCCAGGGACCGUGUUUCAUGACGACGACUGGGGUGCGUAUCAAGUGAUGCUGGUCCAGCGAUUUGGAGGCAGGGCGUUGGCGGAGCGAGUGGCAAUUGGCGUCAUUCUACAAAAAGCUGUAGAGAAUGCCGUCGCGUCUGGGGUAGAAUGGAAGGAGAUCUGGUUGGUAUAG